GAGAAAAAAAAAAUAACAACCAGGAAGUUAUACAGAGGAAGAAACGUAUUCGCUUUGGUGGAGCAUCAAACUCUUAACUCUUUCAGAAGGUUUUAUUUAGGUUUUUAAUACAGCGAGGUCAAAGGGCAUUGUUUCCGACAAGAUGGACUUUGAUCCGGAGCUGGCAGAGCCGAAGCCACAGGACAAGGUGCAGGUCUUGAAGGAACAAGUAGAUGGAGUUAAAAACAUCAUGACGCAGAAUGUGGACCGGAUCCUGGCCCGAGGAGAGAGACUGGAUGACCUCAUGGACAAGUCUGAGGACCUGCAAGCAGGGGCUCAGCACUUCAAGCAGACGUCUCAGAAAGUGGCUCGCUCCUACUGGUGGAAGAACGUCAAGUUGAUCGUGGUCAUCGUGGUGGUGGUCCUCAUCAUAGUCCUCAUCAUCAUCCUGCUGGCCACCGGAGUCAUCCCUGUCAGUUCCGGGUCUACAGUCAAUCCCACCAGCAAGCCAUAAACGCACACAUACACAACACAUCCCCAUAGCACAGUAUACAAAGUAAUAUAUAGACUCGAGCAAAUCACUGCUGUCUGGUGAAACCUUUGUUCCUUCUGAGUUAGUUUCUACUGGUAACUUUCCUGCUUAUAUUGGAAUUCAAGGACUUGAUGCUUUGAUUCAAAGAACUUUGAUGCCUCAUAAGCUUUAGAAACCCUUUCAAAACAGUUUCAGCUUAGCCUUUUUUGAAUUUGUUAAAAAUGAAGCAAAAGUCUGGAAGCUCUGAGGUCUCCACCUGACAGCAGCACAAACACUGUCACUUGUCUCAAAGGCCACUUUUAACACCUUCGUCAGCUCCUCUUGGUUUAACUGUUUCACCACCAACGGUUAUUUCAUUCUGGCGAAGAGGAAGUCACUUUAAUGUGCAGAUGAAAAUGAGUGUGGAUUCCUUCAGUCUCUUACUAGACAUUGUGUCUUUGAAUGUUAUCACGUAUGUGCACCUUUUACAAAGGACAGUUUGUAUAGUUUAAAAGAUGAAAAGGGUUUUUCUAAACAAAGUCAACAUUUUCCGACUUUUUAACGAAUCUCUAGCAAUUGUAGGUCACAAUAUAUUGGAUGAAAGGCAGAAUUGUGUAUUGGAUAUGUAUGUUACCAUGUGUGGGCUUAUUCCUUUCAAAGUGCUUCCAGCUUUGCAUUGAGAAAAUCUAGAAAAAGUAAUCAUUCCAUUGAAAAUCUUCUUAAAUUUGCCAGAUAGUUUUAUUGAAUGUAUACACUUAGCUUUGCUUCAGUUCUUUUGAAAACAUUGAUAUCAGCUCCAUAUUGGUGUUGUGGGCUUAUGUUUGAGGAGAGGUUUGUACAACAAUACACAGUCAAAGUUACAGAAACAGUUGUGCGCAGAAAUCAUAUAAUUGUGAAAUAUUUGAAGUGUGUUGAUUUUCAGUGAGCUGGGACACUUCAGCUGGGACCUGAAGUUUGAAAACUACACAGCAUUUACACUUGCAUGUUUUUUCUACUUAACAGAAAUCCAUGGUCCUUACAGGGGAAGGUAACACAAACUUGUAGAUUUGUACAUUUCUGCUGUAUCAUCUGCCAUUUUAACAGAUCGUGUUAAUUUUUUUCCUCACUGUGUUUUAACUCUAGACAUUUUGUAAAUUAAAUGUAUGGCUUUGGUAUUUUGAUUCAAUAAAGAAACCACCAGGGUCAGCUGUUAAAGGUCGGUUCCCACACUUCUAGUGUUUUAAAGAAUCAGGCUCCUCCAGCCAACCAGCUGAGAGGGAUCAUUUACUGCACCUCUAUGGCUCCCCCUGCUGGGUCCAUAUCCACAGCUUAGCAGGAGAAAAUUGUAGUCCAAAACACGUAGUCAUUGUUCAGAAUAAAGAUCUGGUUUGUCUCACCUCACCAAUUCUCAACGAGGUCAAAAAACAGCCCAUAAGGAACUGUAAAUAGUCAACCUACUCUCACCUAUAUGUAUAUUUGCAACAGCCUUUAAAAAAUCUUUUCUUUUAGAGGAUAUUUAUUUAAUGCUCUACAUCAUUUGUGCUGUUUUCUUUUUUUUAAUUAAAAAAUUAAUCAAUGAAAGCUGUAUGUGAUUUCUGUUAUCCAGACGGAUUAAUCAGAGUGGUCCGGUUCAAUUACUCUGCUGUUAAUCAUUUUCUAGAAGUCUGUAUAAGAAGAAGGAGGCUGUGUUGGAACACAUUCUCCAGUGUAUGUGUGUUUGUGUGUGUGUUUUGUAUGGCUUCAGGGUGCAGUAGUCCUAAUGCCUCUGCCUGUUCACACUCAUACUGGCCUGAUCCGAUCAUGUUUCUGUUCAUACAGGCUCGAGCUGCAGCAGCUGUGUCAUUGUAUUAUUUUGAUCUGCAUUCUCAAAAUACCAGAUAACUGGAAUGUUUUUUUACCUGAAUUCUCAGGUGUCUUAUUCUGAUGACUUUGAUAUUUAGUGGUUUUAAUGGAAUGGAAAUAAAUAGUAUUCACCUCUG